AUGUCCAAAGAGGCUGCUGAAAAAAAGGACGAUGAAGAAAACGGUAUCCAGCCGACGUUGUCUACGCAGCCUGGAACCUAUAUUCAGGGAAUUGUUCAUGACGAUGUCUUUGGAGAUAUCACACAGGGAGGUCCAAACUACCGUGCAUUGGGAUGGAAGGGCACGGUUGUGCUCAUGUUGAAAACGCAAAUUGGCCUGGGAGUAUUGACAAUACCGCAAACCUUUUCUGUACUCGGCCUCAUUCCGGGAACUAUAUGUGUAGUACUCAUUGCUGCCAUGAUCACCUGGUCCAACUACGUCAUCGGUAUCUUCAAGUUGCGCUAUCCGAAUGUUUAUGGUAUUGAAGAUAUCGGUCAAAUGUUUAUGGGAAAGUUUGGCUAUGAAUUCUUAGGAAUCAUGUUCGCCAUCUACUGGAUUACCACUGCAAGUUCUAGUUUCAUAGGCUGGUCGACUGCCUUGAAUGCAAUCUCAAGCCAUGCUACUUGUACUGCCGUGUAUGUAGCUGUUGCCGCUAUUUUGGCUGCAUAUCUUGGGAGUAUCCAAACCCUCGGACGAAUUUCCUUAUUGUCCUGGAUUGGGAUAUCCAGUAUCCUUAUUUCAGGUCAGCAUUAUACAGAUCAUUCAUCCUCAAUUUCACUACCACUGACUGAAACUCUUGAAUCAGUCCUAGCCUUAGUUAUUUCUGUCGGCGUUCAGGAUCGGCCGGCUUCUGCCCCUCAGUCCGGACCUUGGCAAUCAGAUUACGUUCUUUUUGCAAAUCCAAGCCCAGCUGAAGCUUUUGCUGCAGUCUCGACCAUUGUGUUCUCCUUUGCCGGAACACCUGCCUUUUUCAACAUUGCUGCCGAGAUGCGGGACCCUCGAAUGUACACCCGAGCUGUGCUCAUCUGCCAGUCGAUCAUGACUAUAAUCUAUGUCACGCUCGGGAUUGUGGUUUACCAUUAUUGCGGGUCAUAUGUCUCGUCUCCAGCUUUGGGCUCUGCAGGCACAACAAUGAAAAAGGUGUGCUAUGCAAUUGCGCUGCCGGGCCUGACCGUUAGCAUCACUCUGUUUAUUCAUUUUACUGCAAAAUACCUCUUGUUGCGGUUCCUACGAGGUACUAAACACUUGACGCAGAAUACGCCCACCCAUUGGGCGACCUGGCUUGGUUGCACUGUAGGCAGUGCCCUCCUCGCCUACAUCAUUGCCAGCGCCGUCCCCAAUUUGAGUGGCCUCGUGUCUCUGGUUGGCGCUGUCGGUGGUACCAUCAUGUCGUUGCAACCCAUGGGCUUCAUGUGGCUUUACAUGUUCUGGGGCGAGAAGAAAACCACAAAAAGCAUGCUUUGGGCCAGUUGGGCUGUUUUUGUGAUUGUUUCUGGAUCCUUCUUGACCAUUGCUGGUACUUAUGGUGCUCUGAGCGACAUUAUCGCAGACUACCGUGCUUUGGGGGGCACUGCUGCUUGGACUUGUGCAGACAACUCAGGCUCUUAA